CGCGUCUGCUUGAGUUGCACUGUGUACCGAUCCUGCCCUCUCCCAGUUUGAGGUUCAUUUUCUAGAGGACCAACCUUACUCAGGACUUGUCUGAUCAGGACGGGUUGCCCAGUGUGAAAUAUUUUGGGAUCAGAUGACUAAGGUAGUCUGGACCUAAUGUGUCGGUCGAUGCGAACCCACCGAAAGUGUGAGAGGUAGAAAUCCCGUUUCCAGUUCCCUUUCGUCCCUUCUUUUGCUCUUUCAACUCCAUUCCAUCCUUUCUACGUACUGUUUACUGCAAUCAAAAGUCGACAUUCGUUGGACUUACUUUUAAUCGGUUGAUUUCUUCCUUUGUCCACCUCUUCACGUCCCUCGUUAAGUUUCUUUUUUUCGCAAAAAGAAUACUCAAUUCCAGCCCCUGCCGGCAACAAGCAUUCCCCAGGGCAGCCAAGACUAUCCGGUAGUUACUUCCCGCAUUGGCGCCAAGAGAAUUGACCCCAUUCACACGCCCAGACCCAGCCCAAUCUAAAGGGUCAAGUCGCUCUGUGCUACCUGGUAUACAGCCCACCACAAUCAUUUCAACACUUCCAAAAUGAGUUUCAUUAAACUCGCCAAGGCGCUGGGCGUCUUGCAACUAGUAUCUGCUGCAGCUGCAGCGACCGAGCCCGUCACGGCCAAAGGUCAGUACCUGUUCUUCAAGAAUGGGACGCAGUUCUACAUUCGCGGCGUGGCGUACCAGCAGGGCGUCAACGUCAAUGGCCAGGGCGACGCGACGUCGGCAAACAUCAACGACCCGCUCGCAGACGAAGCCAGCUGCAAACGAGACGCUCCCCUGCUCAGCAAGCUCGGCACCAACGUCAUUCGUGUCUACGCGAUCGACCCCAAGAAGGACCAUACCGCCUGCAUGAAGAUCCUCGACAAUGCUGGUAUUUACGUUAUUGCCGAUCUCAGCGCCCCGGACAUUUCGGUAGAGCGCGACUCGCCCUCUUGGGAUGUGUCGCUGCUAGCCAGGUACACGGGCGUCAUUGACAACCUGUCCAAGUUCGAGAACACGCUCGGCUUCUUCGCCGGUAACGAGGUCACCAACAACGCCACCAACACCCAGGCCUCAGCUUUCGUCAAGGCGGCGGUGCGUGACUCCAAGGCAUACAUCAAGAGCAAGAACCUGGGUCGUUGGUUAGGUGUUGGAUACGCCACCAACGACGACUCUGGCACUAGGGACAAUCUCGCCAACUACUUCAACUGCGGAAAGCCGGAAGACUCGGUUGACUUCUGGGGCUACAACAUCUACGAGUGGUGCGGCAAGAGCACCUUCCAGUCCAGUGGCUACGAGGAGAGGACCAAGUUCUUCCAGGACUACUCCGUUCCCGUCUUCUUCUCCGAGUAUGGUUGCCAGAACCCCGGCGGUGCCGCCGCGCGUAUCUUCCAGGAGACUGGAGUUCUUUACAGCAACGACAUGAACAAGGUCUGGUCUGGCGGUAUCGUCUACGAAUACUUUGAGGAGCAGAAUGACUAUGGUCUUGUCUCCCUUUCCGGCAACUCCGUCACAACUAUGAAGGAUUUUGGUGCUCUGGCUACCCAGAUCGCCCAGUCCGGCUACCCCACCGGCACCGCCAUGAACUCGUACCAGCCCAGCAACACGGCACGCCCCUGCCCUGCCAUUGGUGACAAGUGGAAGGCCGCCGAGAAGCUGCCGCCGUCGCCCAACUCGACGGUCUGCUCAUGCAUGUACCAGUCUCUCUCUUGCGUGCCUUCAGCCAAGACCGCCUCCGAUGCCAAGUCGAUUGGUGCCCUCUUCGGCACCGUCUGCGGCAUGGACCCCAAGGCCUGCACUGGCAUUACGGCCGACGCUGCCACUGGCACUUACGGCCUCUUCUCUAUGUGCAACGCCACCGAGAAGCUGGGCAACGUGCUCAACGCCUACUACAACAACCAGGGCAAGAGCUCCAGUGCCUGCGACUUCAAGGGCCAGGCCUCCGUCGUCGCCAGCCCCAAGUCCGACGGUACCUGCACCAGCGUGCUGUCGGCCGCUAGCAGCGCCGCCGCUUCUGGUGGUAGCGGCAGCGGCAGCGGCAAGAACGCCGCUGGCACUCUGAGGGUCGGCGCCGGCUGGGGCGCUGCGUUUGAGGGUGCUUUCGGCGCUGGCAUCGUCGUGUUGUCGGCGGUCGUUGGUGCUGCGGCUGUUUUGAUGUAGAUUGAAUACUGGUGAGAGGUGAUCGAUCGAGGCAUGCGGUUUUCUGUUAUAUAAGUAGAAAGAGCUGUGUUCAUUGUUGCGUGAAUAACUAUCUUUGUUUUGUCCUCAAAGUCAAUUGGAUUUCACACUUUAAUCUUG